AUGAAGAUUCUUAAAUGUCCAAAUGAACGGAAAACAUUGCUCUGCAGCUCUGCUUGUGUUCAUUCAAUAUGGACCUGUUCUGAGGAUCGAGACUGCACAAGUCUAUCUGGCAGUGUUUGUAGCGCCGGUGCGUUAUCUCCAUACCUCGAAUCUCGAUGCAUUGAAGAUCACCAAUGUUCUAGGCUGUUAAGUGGGUACCACUGUCGGUCUAUUGAUGGCAACAAUACGACAGGUAUAUGCUUCUGUCAAGAAGAUCAUCAUUAUUUCCACGGUAGAUGUUGGAAAUCCCUCAACUUUGGAGAUUCGUGUACCAGAUCUGAGGAGUGCUUGGGAAUCAUUCGGGACCCGUUUAGCUUAACUUGCAAUGGAGUCUGUCAAUGUUCUGAGGGGUACGUUGAGAGACAAAGGGGAGAAUGUAGAAAGGUGUCCUUAGCUCCUGGUGAGGGAUGCGUCCUAGACCAAGAUUGUCAGUUUCCGAAUGGAGCUUGUAAUCAGGAAACGUUUACUUGCGUUGUAACUAACCCUACUGAAUCAAAUAUAGACAGGCAAUUUGAAGACAAAAUGGAUGCAUCAAUCAAAAUGGCGGUGAACGACAACAAAAUGGCGGCGCAACGAACUGUAUGCAACGCGACUGUUCCGUGUCAAAGCCCAUUUGAAUGUUCGAGCUUCGGCGUUUGCGUAUGUCCGCCUGGUUAUUACGAAAGUAGCAACGGCCAAAUGUGCUAUGCGGAUCUUGGAUCGCCGUCCACCGCUGAGCAAUGCGUUGGUCUGCUGGCUGUGGUUAUUGGAGGAGUAUGUUCCUGCCGUCCAAAUUUCUUUUACGACGAGAACAUGAGAGAUUGUAUUAGAGUUACCAGACGUAUUCAGGAUUCAUGUGUCAAUGAUUUCCACUGUCACACAUUUGGAGCGAACGCCCGAUGUGGCCCCCCACAAGAACCUUGGGGGAUGCGGAAGUGCGAAUGUAUCCCUGAAACAUCUGUGUGGGAUGAGAAUAGACAGAUAUGCAGAUUAUUUGCUGGUAUUGGCGAAGCGUGUGAAGUAGACAGCGAUUGUUUGGCUGGUUCUUUAGAAAUAAGAUGCGUCGUUAAUGACGAAGGCGCUGGAAUCUGCGCUUGCCCUGAGGAUCUCUAUGAAGUGGACGGACUGUGUCUGUCGAGUGGUCUAGAACUCGGGGAUCCCUGUCAGAACACGUUAGAAUGCACAGCAACGAACAACACAGUCUGCAACGGCGUCUGUGCCUGUGCUGACGGAUAUCAAGCGGUUGACGGUGUUUGUGCGCCGACCAUCGGCGGUUCCUGUACAUUGGAUACAGACUGUCUCAUCGAUAAUACGGUCUGUGUGAACAGCACGUCUGGUGACACGUGUCAAUGUAAUGAGGGUUUCAUUGAAGACAGCGACGUGUGCUGGCCUGAAAUACCUGGAUUCAAUUCAACCUGUUCCGUGACAGCACAGUGUGCGGCUGUGCUCGGAGUGGGUGGGGUCUGUGCGGAUGGUCGAUGCUCAUGUAUCGAUAACUACCACCACAGGGACGGUGGCUGCUGGCCUAUCACUGGUCUCUUCGAAAGUUGUUUACGAAGCAGCCAGUGUUAUCUAGAAGGUUCUGUAGAUAAGGUCGUAUGUCGGAACAGCCUGUGUCAGUGUGAUUUCCAAUACCCGUACUCGCCGGAACUCGACACGUGUUGUAAGUACGCCUUUGAUUUAAAACUGUCUUCAAUAUCAAUAAAUUAG